AUGGCUGCAAGCACUGUGCUGUCGGAUGGCCAAGCGUCAGACGACUGGGCCAAACGUAUGGGAAUCAUCCGUCGAUUGUACCUGGAAGAGGACAAGACCCUCCAAGAAGCCAUGAGGAUCAUGGCAUCGGAGUACGGCCUUGUUGCAUCGGUCAAGGUGUACAAGAAACGUCUGAAGGAUUAUAAUUGCCGCAAGAAUAUUCGCUUGACACAGUCAGACGCCUAA